GUACAGCACUUUGAGAUAUCAGCUGAUGUACGAAGGGCUAUAUAAAUAAAUUUGAUUUGAUUUGAUUUAAAUAAGUAUCCUAAUACCAAAUGUAACAAUUGUUACCAUGUAAUAUGUAAGUAAACACCAGGCAACAGAUGUUUUAUGGCUAUGUUCCCUAAGAAAUUAAAGAAUAUAUGUUAAGUAACCACUGAUCCACAAGAUGAUCAAAUGUCAUGACAAGAAAGGAAAACUGAUGCGUACAGAGAUAAAAAAACAGGAAAGAAAUAGAGGAUUAUAGCUAUUUCAGGUAUCGAGUGUCAGGAAUGCCAACUGUUGACUCAACCCCUCUUGCCUUCCUCUCCCCGGCUCCCCAGCUCUCCCUCUCUUAACCCCAAACCUUCCUCUCCCCCCCUCUCUCUCUCACACACACAGGACCAGCAUUAUUAUAAUCUACUUGUUCCAUACAUACAGUAUCAAAUACUAUUUCUGAGUGAAUUUGUCUGUUGAUUCAUACUGUAUGAGAUGUUCAUGUAUGUUGGUUUGAACAUACAUGUACAUUAAAACCAAUCAUUCUAAAAGACAGAGGUGUGUGUGUCUCUGUGUCUGUGCCACACACGUGUAUUUGUGUGUGUAGAUUGCCUGCUGAACUCUGUAAGCCUCUGAGCUUGUGCUUGAUCCAGCGGCUUCGCAACAGGACAACACAGGUCAAAGGGGAGGGAGGUUUUUGGUGGUUGGGUAGUAGCAGUAGGGCAGAGCAGGGUAUUUCAGUGCUGUGACUAGUAUGCCCAUGCCUCCGGGAAAAGGAGGAGGUUGCUGGUGAUGGAGGCAGGACAGGGUAGGAUGGGAGGGGCUAGGGGGUGUCCACCCGUCGGCAAUAUUGGACACAGCCAACGCUGGGAUCUCACUCAAAGAGAAUGGCUGGAAUGAUGCCUGGGAGGUGACGGGCUAGACUGUUGCAUAGCAACCAGCAUCCAUACACACACUGCGACACUGGGCGUCAUGUAGCCAAACAGACAUAUAUCUGUAUGUUAAGUAAGAAUCACCCAGGCAUCUCACACAGUGGAAUGGUCAUUUCCAAUUUGGGGACACGCUUCCAACAUUGCUUUUUUCUAAUCAACACAGACAGUAAACAGGCCCAGCAGGGUUCAUAGACUAGACAAACCUUUGGAAUGUAUAUGAAUGUAUUAUGCAUAUACAUGUAUUUAAGGUGCAUCUAAGGUUAAGAGUUAUCAUCAGUUAUUAAGGAUAAGACUGAUUGGGCUGCACUCCCCAUCUAUAGAAAGACAAAUAGUGUAUAGGUCAAGAAAGGCUAGGUUUCAGUAAGCACCUGCUGAAACAUCCAAAUAUCUUGCUUGUGUUUCCAGGUCGGACGUGGACAGCAGGGAAGAUCAAACCAAUGGGAGACAGCUACCAGUUCACAGUGGACGUCCAAGACUUCUCUCCAGAGGACGUCAUCGUCACCACCUCCAACAACCAGAUCGAAGUCGAUGCAGAAAAGUUGGCGGCGGACGGUACAGUGAUGAACACAUUUACCCACAAGUGCCAGCUGCCUGAGGAUGUGGACCCCACCUCUGUGACAUCAACAUUGGGCGCAGAGGGAACGCUUACAGUUAAGGCCCGCAGACACCCAUCCAAGCAUGAGCUCACACAGACCUUCCGCACUGAGAUCAAGAUCUAAAAAGACAGACUGGACUCUCUCAUGACCUCUGCUCCCUCGCUGCCAGCAAUUUGUAAUGCUACAGUGUAUACUGUUUUUCACAUUGCCUGUCUUUACUAUUAUACCUGUCCAUUCUGGUUGUCUUCCUCUUCUGCCAUACCACCUCCUCCCAUAUAGCUGCCUUGAAUUGACAGUAGUUAGCCUACUUUGUUCUUGUGUUUUCCCACAGUUAUCACACAUGGGGUUGAAAAAUUCCUGGAAGUUUCAAUAAACUUUCUGGUUUUCCAGAAAACCAUUUUGCUACCGUAAUCACACAUCACCUCCAUGUGUGUGCACACCCUAUCCCAUCCAUCAAUAAAGUAAUGCUUCUUCUAUUCUACUGAACUCUACAGUACUGCUACCAUACCAGUAUUGUACAUUGUAAUAGUUUUGUGAGUAGUCGAUUGAUAAAUGAUUU